AUGGCAAAAAUUAUAGAUAAUUAUAUACUAAUUGAAGCAAUUGGAUAAGGAACUUAUGGUGAAAUACACAAAGGUCGGAAUUUAAUUUCAAAAGAAGCAGUUGCUGUUAAAACUAUCAAAUUAGAUAGAUUUCUCAAUGAUUCUCUCUUGAAAGAAAUGAUUAUUAAUGAAAUCUAAGCAUUGAAAAAGUUAGAGGAUCAGUACAUAGUAAGAAUGAUAAAGAUGUUAAAAUCUACAAACAAUAUCUAUUUAGUUUAUGAACACCUUAAUGGAGGGUCUUUAGCCAAUUAUUUAGAGGAAAAAGGUCGGUUAAGUGAAUAAGAAGGAAGAUAAAUAAUGAUAAAUUUAUUUAAGUAAUUAAAAUUAAUAAUAUCUAGAGGAUUUAAAACAUUAAACCAUGAAAAAAUAGUUCAUAGAAAUAUAAAUCCUACAAAUUUAUUUUUUAAUGAUGGUAUUAUUAAAAUUAAGAAUUUCUUUUGUUGUAAAUCAUCAGCAAGUUAAAAGUUAUUCGAUCCAGGUAUAAUUAUAUAUUAAUCGAUUAGAAAAUUAUUUAUACACUGCUCCUGAAAUUUUAUUAAAGACUUAAUAGACUUAAUAUGAAGAUAAAUGUGACAUUUUUUCAUUAGGAUUGGUUUUUUACAAGAUUUUUUUUGGAAUUUUGCCAUUUCCUGAGAAUAUUGCACAAGAAUAAUUAGUAGAAUUAUAUCGUUCUUAAGAUUUUAAUCCAAUUAUUGAAGAUUUAUCUGAAAAUACAACCUAAAUUUUAAAUGGUAUGCUCUAAAUUGACCAAUAACAUAGAAUUGAAUGGUAAACCUUAUUUAAUGAAGAUUAAGUACCAACAUCUUAAGGACUUGUGAAUUCAAUUCAUGCAAAUUUUGCAUCUAAUUAUCAAAUCAAUUCACAAGUUUAAUAAUUUGAGACAAUAGGUUAAUAAAACUUUUACAUAUCAUAAUAAUCAAUCCAAAAUUAGAUAACUACAAGUCCAAAUGAAUAAAUCAAAAGAAAAAAUAAUUAAUCAGAUAAAGAAAAUAUUAAAGCCAAUAAAGAAAAUGAAAAUAUUUAAUUAUUUCCUAAAACUGUAGAAAAGGAGUCUAAUAUAUCAUCAUAUUAAAUAUAGAUAUAAUAAUAAUAAUAAUAAUAAUAAUAAUAAUAAUAAUAAUAAUAAUAAUAAUAAUAAUAAUAAUAAUAAUAAUAAACAUCUUCAAAUUAAUAAAUAAAUAACUUAAAUGUUUAGUCAAGCGUUAUUAAAUAAAUUUAAACCUAAUUAUUUGAACUACGAUAUAAAUUUAAUAUUCUAAUUUAAGGAAUUAUUAGAAUUGAAUAGCUUGAAAAUUGGUCAGCAAAAAUUAAAACUGAAAUCUGCAUGAUCUUUUUAAUAAAAAAAGGUAUUAAAUACAUAAAUGAAAUGAUUGAAAUUUGUUAAAACAGUGAUAGAUAAUGGAUAAUGUCUAAAAAUAAAAAUGACAUCAUCAAAUUUUUAUAGAAAGAUUAUGAUGACCUAUUAUUGUAGUUUAGAUUCCUCAAAUAAAUUGUAAAUUAAUAAAUUUUAUUUUAAGACUACUUGUUAGCAUGAAGAAUUAAACUCUCAUGAAAUUAUUGACGAAUAAUACAUAGAUAAUGUUUUGAUAAUGAUUGCAAAAUAGAUUUCAAUGGAUUUAGGUUAAGUAAGAUCUAGCAUGCGGACUAAUUCUUAAAUUAAAAGCAAUGUAAUAUAUGUCAUUAAAAUAGUCGUUUAAUUAUGAAUAAAAUAGUUAAAGAAAUGGUAGCUUUAUCGAAUAAAAACAAAAUAUUACAAACCAAUAGAUUUUUGCAAUCUUUUUGAUUGAUUUAGUUAAAGGAUAAAUCUAAGAAGAACAAAGGCCUUAUUUUAAAAAGAUAGAAGAAUCAAAACUUGCUGAAUUUUUAGAUUUUAAGUUAAAAUCAAUCUGA